AUGGAUGGAGUUUGUCGCGUUUGCAUGAGCUCAGCGGACCUGGUGGAUUUAUUCGCGGAGGGGAAACUGUCUGAUUGCGAACUCACCCUAGCGGAGAUGUUAAAUGAAUGCGUCAAGCACCCAGUGAAGCCGGAGGAUAAACUUACAAAGAAGAUUUGCGGGUCUUGUAUUUCAGAUGUGAAAACAGCUUACAGAUUAAAACGCAAUGCCGAAGAUAGCCAUAAGCUUCUGAGUAUGAGUCUAACGGAAACAGAAGACUUUAUCGAUAUGCUAGCAGCAGAAGAUUGGGAGCUCGUCAAGGAUAUGAUUAAACAAGAGGUAGAUGAAAGCUCAGAGCUGGAGAGCCCUGUAGAGAGCACACAAGAAAGUCAAAGUACAACUGAAAAGAGUGAAAACUCGACGAAGUCAUUUAAAUGUAAGACUUGUGGAAAAGCAUUCAGAACAAAUUCAAACUUGAUAAGACACAAUCGUAGUCAUACUGGCGAGCGUCCUUUUAAGUGUUCAAAAUGCUCGAAAUCGUUUACUCAGGCUUCUUCACUUAAGACACAUUUCACUAUUCACACUGGCAGGCAUCUGUUCAAAUGUCAGCAUUGCCCAAAAGCCUUUACUAGAAAAUAUAAUCUACACGAUCAUCUUAAGAAGCAUGGGGAUCAAAAUGUGAUUGAAAAGAAACCAAAGGAGACAAAGUGCAAGACUUGUGGUAAGACAUUCAAAAGAAAUGAACAUUUGAUAAGGCACAUUCGUAUUCACACUGGUGAGCGUCCGUUUAAGUGUCCGAAAUGCCCGAAAUCGUUUACCCAGGCAUCUUCUCUUAAAACACACCAAACUGUUCACACCGGCGAUCGUAUGUUCAAGUGUCCCCACUGCCCUAAUGACUUUACUACAAAACAAGGCCUAGCCAAUCAUCAGAGGAAACACGUUUCAAAGAACGAAUCCAAGAGCACCACAAGAAGUCAAAAUAUAGUUCAAGACAAAGGGAACUCAACGAAGCUAUUCAAGUGUAAGAUUUGUGGUUAUGCAUUUAAUAGAAAAGAAAAUUUGGUAAGGCACGGCCGUACCCAUACCGGCGAACGUCCUUUUAAGUGCCAGCUAUGUUCGAAAUCUUUUACCCAGAGAUAUGUUCUUAAGACACACCAAAUUGUUCAUACCGGCGAGCGUUUGUUCAAGUGUUCCCACUGCCCAAAGGACUUUACAGGGAAACAUAAUUUAAUCAGACAUAUGCGCAAACACGCUUUAAAGGAAGAAUCCAAAAAGAAAUUACACAAUAAGAUUAAAAAUAAAGCCAAAAAAUAA